AUCCCGUCAUACGGCAGACUGCUUCGCGCAUGCGCAGCUGAUCUGGGCUGGCCUGAUGCUGUUUUGUUGAGAGCUGAAAAAAAAGAGUCUGAAACUCCAAGGCUUCAAGUGAAGAGAAUAUUUUAGCCUAGACAGGCACAUGAGUUUACAGAAGUGUCCUCCUCCCGACAUGAGACCUUGCCUGGCCCCUGGUUACCCCUCCUGCAGUUGAUGACUCUGCAGCCGGUGGGGAGAUGACGGACAGUGUCAGAGCGUUUGUCCGCAAUGUUGCGACGGGAAUCAAGGACUCCAUCCUGGGCAUUGGAACCAUCUCCAAGCUUGAUGCUCGAAUCCAGCAGAAGAGGGAGGAGCAGAGGAGGCGCAGAACGAGCGGGGCCCUGGCGAUGAGACGGGCUCAGAGCGAGGAACGGAAACAGGACUGUGAACCGAAACUAGCAAGUCGAAUUUUUCAGUGCUGUGCCUGGAAUGGAGGCGUAUUUUGGUUAAGUCUGUUCCUGUUUUAUCGGGUGUUUAUCCCACUGCUGCAGUCCCUCACUGCUAAAAUCAUAGGUGACCCUUCGCUACACGGCAAUGUGUGGUCCUGGCUGGAGUUUAUUCUGACAUCUGUGUUCAGUGCUCUCUGGGUUCUGCCUCUAUUUGUGCUAAGCAAGAUAGUUAAUGCUAUUUGGUUCCAGGACAUUGCUGAUCUGGCGUUUGAAGUGUCCGGACGGAAAGCUCAGCCUUUUCCCAGUGUCAGCAAGAUCAUUGCAGACAUGCUCUUCAAUCUUUUGCUCCAAGCUCUCUUCCUCAUUCAGGGAUGGAUUGUGAGUCUCUUUCCCAUUGAUGCUAUUGGUCAGUUGGUCAGUCUCCUGCACAUGUCUCUGCUUUACUCGCUUUACUGCUUUGAAUAUCGCUGGUUUAAUCACGGAAUUGAAAUGCACCAAAGGCUGUCAAACAUUGAGAGAAACUGGCCGUAUUACUUUGGCUUUGGUUUGCCCAUGGCACUACUGACUGCGCUGCCCUCAUCAUACAUCAUAAGCGGCUGUUUGUUCUCUAUUCUCUUCCCGCUCUUCAUCAUCAGUGCUAAUGAAGCAAAUACCCCAGUCAAAUUCUACCAUUUCCAGCUCCGCCUCUUUUCCCUGGUCGUCCUCAUCAGUAACAAACUGUUCCACAAAACGGUGCACCUGCAGAGCUCCAUCACGACCUCCACAUCCACUGAGAAGUUGUCCUCGCCUCACUUGUCCCCGACGCGCCAGCGACCUAUGCCCCCCCAGUGACCUCUUUCAAGAUCCCCAGCUCAGUUUGGUUUGAAAGAGUGGAUGGAAAAAGAUUACGUUGUCUGUAUUUGAAAGGAACUGUCGAUAUUCUUCUGAGGGAUGAAUGGGACAGGUUAGUAAUGAGAAUGGGCAGUGUUUGGGACUGGAUCGCCCUGUGCUGAUACACAAGGUCAUGAUUUUUGGUGUGACUAUUUUUGUACCCGUUAUGUGCCAUUUGGGUGAUUUGUAGAGACAGCACAAAGACCUCAGCGUGCACAUUUUCUGUGAACUGACUUCCCUCCUCUUUUAGGUCCUGUAGUUUCUAUCUCGACUCUCGAGUUUUAUCUAUUUAUGGCCUUCUUUUUAAUUUGAUGUAAUGACUUUUCCUGCCUUGUGAGGUCCAGACACAUGACAGUUUGUUUCUCAGUUAACACUAAGCUCUAUGCUUUAGCUAAUGACUUAUGAUAUGGAUAAGUAGAAAAAGACCCCAAUGUCCCCCAGUGGUUUGUUUUUCUGCACUAAAAUGUGGACUAGACUGAAAAAAAAAACCGAUCAAAUUGAAAGGCUUCUUUAUGUAAGGGAUGUUUCAUGUUGUGAAUUUUUUGCUAGACAUUUUAAAGCUCAUUACUUUAUUGAUUACACAUCUUCAGUGUUCUAAAUGAUUUAUUCACCCUUAUGUUUCUUUAAUUUGUGGAACACAAAAGAAGAGAUUUUGCAGUAUGAUCAUGUUGUCCCUAUAUCCUUAUAUUUUAUGAAAAACAGCAAUGGGAACAUUCUUUGAAAUUUCUCCUUUCGUGUUUUACAGAAAAAAAGUCAGUCAUGUUAGGAAACGACAUGAGAGUGAUUAAAUUAUGGAUUCUUUUUUCUUUUUUUUUCUGAACAAGUAACAACGUAAACCUUAAAAGGGAGCUGCUUUUAUUUGGUUUCUUUUAUAAUGCAUUUUUAUUUUGGGAAUACCAUGUCAACAUGAUCCAGUGUCAUCUGUAACGGUCCGGGGAUGAUCUCCGACAGUAUGCACAAGCUUUAUGAACCUGCUGCUGUCAGGUGACACUGGCAAACUGUGACACGUGUGAAACUUUUCUUUAAAUGAUCACGGAUCCAGUCUCCGAUGAAUGCUGGCAUGUCAAGUGGAUGUCUACUGUGGUGAUUGUUCCUGGAGUUCAGUAUCUGGAACCUGUUUUGAAACAUUUGAAACUGAAGCACAUAUUAAGUCGUUGUAUUCGUGGGGUGUGGGUGGUGUGUAUUUUAAAAAGGGUUGUAAUCAUCAUCAGGAGUCCAUAGUAUUACACCUACAGAUGGAUAUUUGUGAGUGACAUUUUGUAAAAGUAUUACAUUAUUUCAAUAAAUUUGGUCUGUGUACAUUA